CAAAUGGUCUCGGUCUUGGUUCACCUGAUGUAAAAUUGUAAACAUGGACACGCGGGAGGCGGUGACGAAUGAAGUAUAAUACUUAAAUACCCGCUCUUCCCGGCCUCGUCUUUCAACCAUUUUCCUCAGGGGUGUCAAGCGUAAGGCAGUACAGCCAUCACCAUGUCCAGCAAGCGGCCCGAGCACCAGGCGCCUCCAGAAGUGUAUUAUGGUGUGGAUGAAGCAAGAAAAUACACCCAAAAUUCACGUAUAAUUGAAGUGCAGGAGAAAUGCACAGAGCGAGCUUUAGAGCUGCUGGCUCUGCCCCCUGACACCCCCGGCCUGCUGCUGGACAUUGGCUGUGGCUCAGGCCUGUCUGGGGAGGCCAUCACAGAGAACGGACACUACUGGGUGGGCAUGGACAUCUCCCCCUCCAUGCUGGAUGUGGCUCUUGAGCGUGAGGUGGAGGGGGACAUGCUUCUUGCAGACAUGGGUAGUGGUAUGCCCUUCCGCCCUGGCAUGUUUGAUGGCGCAAUCAGCAUCUCGGCGGUACAGUGGUUGUGUUACGCUGACUCAGCCACCCACAGGCCAGCCAAGCGGCUCUAUAAACUCUUCAUGACUCUCUUUGCCAGCCUGGCACGAGGCAGCCGGGCAGUUUUCCAGUUCUACCCCGAGAAUGACGCACAGGUGGAGCUAGUGGUGUCCCAGGCCAUGCGGGCGGGCUUCACUGGCGGCCUGGUGGUGGACUACCCCAACUCCUCCAAGGCUAAGAAGAUUUACCUGGUGUUGAUGACGGGGGGUGGACCCUUGCCCAGUGGCCUGCAGGGGGAGGAGGCAGGUGGUACUCAGGCCCUAUAUCAGCGCAGGGAGCGCAUGAAGCAGGUGCGGGGGUCUCGGCAGCCCAAGCGAGCGUGGAUCAUGCAGAAGAAGGAGCGGCGGCGCAAGCAGGGGCGUGAGGUGCGGCCCAACUCAAAGUACACAGGUCGCAAAAGGGCAGAGAGGUUCUAGUGGGUGGUGGCAUCACUGGGGUGCCUCAAGGCUGUGCUUCAAGGACUUAGCUACUGACUUGUUGCUGUGCUGGAGAGUGGUUGCUGAGGACUGCUUCUAUUUGGAUGGUAUGCCUCAGCAUCUCAGUUUUGGGACUUUGUUGGUAUUACUAUCAAGGUUAGAAAUACUCACACCAGCAGACUAGAUACAGAUGGCCCUCAACUUAUCAUGGGGUUACGUUCCAAUAGGCGCACCUAACAAUACCAAAGCCGAUCCAGGAUUCAGGACGUUUCCUAAGUAAAAGAAGGUAAUGUUAUACUUGUAUUUCGUAAAGAAUCCUUUUAACCAAAAACUUACUAAAAUUAUGAGUGUUCUUUUUCUUGAACACAACAUUCAAUAACCAACAACAAUAAUAUGAAAAUACAUAUAGCUACUGUUUCCAGAUUGUCGUACUCAGAGCAUAGAAUUUAACGGUUUCUGACGCCUAACUAUUGCCAAGAAACAUCAGGAUCUUACUCUUUUAAUGAUAACUAUAAAUUGGUUUCGUUUUUAGAGCCCAGAAGACAGUUUUGGGGCAGAAAGUCGGGAAAUAUAAGCGGCUGAGUAUGACAAUCUGGCAAUAAUCUGUGGCCGAGGCAGCAACAGCCUGCCAUAUUGUGGGUGUCAGAUACCUAAAAUAGCAUACUUUUACUGCUCAAAGCAGGUGAUGCCACUUAUUGUGACUUCGUGAGCUUUCAUAUUUAUCUAUUUGUGUAUAUUUCAUAGUGGCAAAACUUUAAUUACUAGUUUCAUUUUUACUAGUGACACGAACUUGUGCCUGUUUAUCACAAUAGAAUUUCACUCUAAUAAGUGAAUCAGACACCACAGAAAUAUUACCAGUGUGUGUAUGAAUGAAUACAAAGAUAAGCACAUACUUUGAUUUAACUCUAGGAUGUCUCGUGGAUCAUUAAUAAAUAAAAACAAAAUAUCCUGCUAAGCUACUCUGUAGCCCAUUACCUUUAAUGGUGCCCAAAAAACAGUCCCUCCGCCAAGUUCGUACCCCACAUUUGGUAAUGUUAGGUGCGCCUAUUAACCCAUCUAACAUUAGAUAAACAUAUCGUAAAUCAAAUUCACAACUGCUGAACAUCAUAGCUGAGCAAAGUCCACCUUAAAUGUUCUCAGAACACUUACAGUAGCCUAAUGGGCAAAAUAUUCUAAAACAAAGUUUAUUUUAUAAUGUAUAGAAAAAACAUCAAAUUAAUAAAAAUGAAGAAUGUAAUUUAUUGAAUCCUACUGCCGUUGCACCAUCAUAAAGUAACAUUGUAAGUUGGUGCAUCAUAAGUCAGGAAGCAUUUGUAUUGUGAUGGUUUGUUCCAUUGGGGGCUGGUAGGUCAGUGUUAUAAAGAAGAAUACUUGUCCCCAGACACUGUUGCUGGGCUGAAGGCUCGUGGUUAGGAGUGUUGCCAUGUGCCGUGUGGUGGUUUGUGUAGUUUGGCUUCCCAUAGAUGGAGGGUGGAGGCCUAGAUGCACUUUUUCAGUUUUGUCAGCAAUGGGCAGUAUUUUUAAGGGUGUCUGACCAGUUUUUGCAGUGAGACACUGAAACAAAGUUAUCAUAAUAAUGUCAUCUUUAUCAUUUGUAUGAACAUUGUCAUUCAUAUAAAUGAUUCACCAGAAAUUUUCACAAGUGCCUGGGCAUGUCAUGGAACCUCAGCCCCUAGGAUACAUUGCUAUAUACCAGGGCUACUCAAGUAUGAUGAGCAAAGGUCCACUUAGGCAAGUUCAAAUGUAUGCGGAGAUCUGGAUAAAUAUUGUAGCUGGACCCCAGGCUCAAGGAGUAGACAAAUAUAAUUAAAUAACAUGAAGGUCCUGGUGAUGAAUUCCUGCAAGUGUAUUUCCUCAACUACCCUUGUUUGGGGAGGCGGUGGCUGAAUGGAUAGCGUGAUGGUGCCGCGUUCAGGACGACACGAGUUCAAUCCCCGCCCGGUGCCACCAAGCUGGGAUUUUUCAGCCGCUGCCGAGUGGCUUAAAACUACCCACAUGUUGCCCAGAAGACCACCUAUCAACCCGGACUCUAGAUUCUAGGAUUAAAGAUGAGGUCCGGGAGGGCAGCAUGAGCCAAUGCAAGAUGGCGCCACUAUAAACACUCGCCUGCACCAGAACAGGCUGGGCCGACCAUCAGGCCCCACCGGGGAGAAGCCUUGGGCCGACCAUCAGGAUCCACCGGGAAGAAGCCUACUGGCGCAAUAGGCCACGAUGUAAAAAAACAACAACAACAACCUGUGGGGUCUGUAGUCAGUCGAGGAAAUAUACUUGCAAGAAUCCAUCGCCAGGACCUUCAUGUUAUCUAAUUAUAUUUUUCUUCUUCUGGAGCUUGGGGUACAGCUACAACACUCAGAAGGUCCGUAUUGGACUGCGGUCUGCCAGUCGAGUAAUCCUGCUAUAUAGUCUAUUUAUGCUAUGUCAUCCUGAGCUACUGUUUUUCAAUUCUACUUCGUCUCCACCUUCCCCAACUCCUGGCUGGUACCCAGUCCCUGGGCUCAGAUUGUGGAGCAGCAGUGCUGUGCAAUGUUGUUAUCUCUGUUGAUAAUAAAAAAUGUAUGUA